AUGAACCCGACGCGCGGCCGCCGCAAUGGCGGCAGCUCCUUUCUCCUCGUCACCAUACUCGUCGCUGCGGCGGCCGAUAUCGCGGCCGCGCAGCAGAGCGGCAAGGGGCCGAGCUACUUCGACCCGCAGAACUUCAACCCGUCCAUGGCGGUCAUAAUCGUCGUGCUCGUCACAGCCUUCUUCUUCCUCGGGUUCUUCUCCAUCUACAUCCGGCGAUGCGCGGGCGGGCCGCUCGGCGGGCCCGGCGAGGACCUCGGCGCCAGGCCGGGCGUGGGCGGGAUCGCGUUCCUCACCUCGGGCGCCGCGCGGUCGAGGAGGAUGAGAGGGCUGGACGCCGCCGCGCUCGAGGCGCUCCCCACCAUGGCCUACGCCGACGUCAAGGCGCACAAGGUCGGCAAGGGCGAGCUGGAGUGCGCCGUGUGCCUCAGCGAGUUCGACGACGACGACACGCUCCGCCUCCUCCCCAAGUGCUCGCACGCGUUCCACGCCGACUGCAUCGACGCCUGGCUCGCGUCGCACGUCACCUGCCCGGUCUGCCGCGCGAAUCUCGUCCCCGGCGCCGACGCCCCCGUGGCAUCCGGCGCUGCUGCUGCGUCGGCGACGCCGGAGCGGGACGACGUAGCUGCUACGUUGGCGCCGCAGCCGGCGGAGGAAACGCCCACGGCGCCGCCGGAGCAAGUGACGGUGGUGAUCACCGAUGCUGCCGAGGAGACGGAGGAGGAGAGGGUCAGGAGGGAGGAGGCGGCCGAGCUGGUGCGUAUCGGCAGCGUGAAGCGCGCGCUGCGCAGCAAGUCCGGCCGGAGUCCCGCCGCGCAGUUCCCGCGCUCGCACACCACGGGGCACUCGCUCGCGGCAGCGCCGGCCGAGAGCGCGGAGCGGUACACGCUGAGGCUGCCCGAGCACGUCCUCCGAGAGGUCGUCGCGGCGGGCAAGCUGCGGCGCACGAAGAGCCUCCAAGCGUUUCGGGAGGGCCGCGCCGGCGGGAGCACGCGCCGGGGCAGCAGGAGCGUCCGGCUCGGGCAGUCCGGCCGGUGGCCCGCCAUCACCAUGUCGUCGUUCUUGGGACUCUCGUUCUCGGCGUGGGGGUCGUCGCGGCGUGGCGAAGCCGAGGCCGCCGGCAAGGGCGGCGCGAAGGUCGCCAGCGACGGCACAGCAGCCGCGGAACAGCAGCAGUGCGACAGCGGGGCGUGCCCACUUCCACUCGGCGGCCGCCGUGUUUGA